AUGUGCUUUGGAAAGAAGAAAAACGACAUGGUCUUGGAGGUUCCUGCUCGAUCGUUUUUGUGUUUUGUCGUGGAAUAUUUAGAUUCGGAAGUUGUAUAUGUUCUCUACGUGAAACAGGAGAAGUUCCCCACUUGCACCGUUGAAUAUGAAGGCAUUUCGGCCAGAAACUUGACGGCCAGGCAAGGCACCGACUUCAGCGGCCACUACUCGCGCCAGGUUCAGUUCAACCCGGGGCAAGCCGAGGCCGUCUGGAAGCUCCGGAUCCUGGACGACGGGCUCUUCGAGAGGAGGGAGGAGUUUGUGGUUGUCCUGGACCAGGCCUUCAUGACAGCCACGGAGUCUCCGGAGAAGGCCACCGUGACCAUUUAUGAUCCUGAAGACGAACCUUCCGUGUCUCUUCUUGGGAAAAACGAGACGGUACGUGAAGACCAGGGUCACCUGUUUCUCGCCAUCAAGCGAACUGGAGACUCGUCAGUGGACAUGGCAGUCCUUUGCGUGACCUCACCCGGAACAGCACAAGGAUCGCGGCCGUCCCCUCUGCGGUCCUACUCGGACUACGUCGAGAGGCCUGUGGAGCCAGGCAGCCUCGUGCGGUUUAGACCAGGGGAAGACACGAAAAUGUGCCGGGUCGUCCUCAUCGACGACUCCCUCUACGAGGGAGAAGAGAACUUCACCGUCAGUCUGACAGGUCCCGUGAAUGGCAAGAUCGCCGGAAACGACACGACCGUGGUUACCAUCUUGCCUGAUCCCAAGGAUGCGCCGUUCUUCUACUUCGAGGAGUCUAGCUACCAGGUUGAAGAGAGCGUGGGAAGUUUUGAGGUGACCGUUCUCAGGGAAGGACCCGACCUGAGUCUGACGUCAUCCGUGAUGGUGCGCUCAAAACCAGCGAGUCCACCAAGCGCCCAAGCCGGCAACGACUACAUUGCUGUAGGACACCUCCUUCAUUUCCCAGUCGGGUCGACGGCGCAGACGGUCGAAGUAAUCAUCCUGGACGACUACGGCCACCCGGUGCUCGAGUUCGCCGAGACCUUCCAACUGGUCCUCAGAGCGCCCGUGAACGGAACGCUCGGCAAGCCGCGGUCCGCCGUCGUCACCAUCAACGACAGCCUCUCGGAUCUGCCCAAGAUGUUCUUCCAAGAGGAGGCGUACGUCGUGAACGAGGAAGUGGGUACGCUGCCCAUCUCUGUCCUCCGCACCGGAGACCUGAAGCACGUGUCUUCGGUACGCUGUUACACGAGGCAGGGCACGGCCAGGGUGGACCUCGACUUCGAAGAGAGGCCCAACGCCGACGAGUCACUGAUCAUUUUCCAACCAGGCGACCGUGAGAAGCAGUGUCAGCUCGUCAUCAAAAACGACAACAUUAGAGAAGGAACCGAAGAGUUGAGAGUGUUGCUUGGAACACCCCGAAGUACGAGCGCCGGCGCAGCCCUGCUGGGCGAACCCAACGUCAUAAGCGUUCGAAUCCAGGACGACGCUGACCAGCCAAUGAUCAAGUUCCAACAAACCAGGUUGAUGGUGAAAGAGCCUCGAAACCCCGAUGACGUCAUCAAUCUGGUGAUUCCCGUCGUCCGCUUUGGGGACACAACGGGAAAAUCGGUCGUGAAGGUCUACACAAGAGACGGCACCGCCGUCGCUGGAGAAGACUACGUACCCCUGUCUCAAGACGUUGUUUUACACCCACACGUGAACGAAACCCUAGUCACCGUGCAGAUUCUUUACGACGACAUCAAGGAGCACAAGGAGGCCUUUACACUUCACAUGAAAGAAGACAUGAACCGCAUCGCCGAAGUGAGAGACUCCAAAGCAAUCGUGUACAUCGAAGACGUCAAGUUUCUGCCGGCUGUCACUUUUCCGUCGGAGCCGGUGGUCGUCUCUCUUCGCGAUUACGACGACGCUGACCGGGUUUCAGGACGUCCCAUUCACGGCUAUCCUCUCUGCUGCAUUUCGUCUUGCAAUGCCAAGCAUCCCGACUACCUAAGAACCGGCCCAAUCUGCUCCAAGGAAGGCAUCAACGAUUCGCUGACGGAGUUUCGCUGGUUGGUGGCGUCUCCCGACGACUCCUUCGACCUGAAGGACAUUCAGUCCAAGGCAUUCUUUGCUCCGGUCAGGGCCAUAACCCUGGACAGUGUCUACUUUUCAGCAGGCAGCAGAGUCCAGUGUGCCGCACGUGCUGUCAACACCGAUGGAGACGUCGGACUCGAGGUGCAGAGCGUUCCCGUGACGAUAUCGAUGGAGGAGGGACUCUGCCGUCCAUCCGCAGAUGACUACGUCGGCGCGGAGCCUUUCACGGCUAGGCUUCGAUACACAGGCACUAACGACCCUAAGGCGCCGAACAAAAUUCAGAUCACGGUUCUCAUUCCCCACCGGGACGGGCUGCUGCCGGCCGUGUCCACGAGGCCGCUUUCCAACUUUGAGUUCGCACUCAGCCCCAGCAGCCUCAGGGUCGGUCUGCACAAGUGCUCCAACCUGGUGGACGCGGACGAAUCGUUCACGCCGGACGGCUUUAUCACGGAAUCCAUCAAGAGCUCCCACCUGUUCGCCGGCGAUGCUGAACCCUACCAGUACAGCAAGGAGAUGCGGAGUCUCAAGACCCUAAGGUUUUACAAGAGCCUCGACCUCGAAUCCUGCCUGUGGAACUUGACGGCCUACUACACGCUCUCCGAGCUGGUCUCCGACUGUGGCGGUGCCAUCAACCAUGACGGGCAGGCCCUGAAUUUAGUCCAGUCCUACGUUUCCGUCUCGGUCCCGCUGUACGUGUCCUACAUCCUGCACUCGACUGCCGCCAUGGGUGGAUGGCAGCACAGCGACAUGGUGACAGAACUCAAGAUCAGUUUCGUCUACAACACGGCCAUACUCUGGGACCAUGGCAUUUCCACUCAUGUCGACUCGCACCUCAAUGGCAGCAUCUACCCGACCGGGAUGCGAAUCAACGACCAAGGUCAACUGGUGGUCCGAUUUCGGACCGUAUCCGGCUUUCACGGCCAGUACAUCCUGGAGAGUAGAGGACUCAAAAAAACGUCUUACGUCACGUCGGAAGAGCAACCAGAUCUCACAUUCACUCUAAGGCUGAUUCGUAGCGACAAGACGUUCAAUGAGGCGCAGCAAGAAUGGGAGCUAACGUCCGACGUUGCGGUGAAAGACUACUCCGGCACCUACAAGAUCAACCUGGUACCGUGCACCGUUCGGGAAGGUGCCGACUACUCCGAUCCCCCGCGCUGCAAUCCCCAGGACCCGGUGCCUUUCGAACUGCCCAUCCACUUCCAGCAAGUCAGCGACCCGGUCCCCACGCAGUUCUCGCUCGACACCCAGUUCCACAUCACGAGGAGACGAGACCUCUGGCUGUCCGAAGAGUCCGCGAACCUGUCCGACGACGUGGACGUGUCUUUCGUCAGGGGAGACAAGAUCUACGGGAAGAUCAUGAUCAGCCCGCUUCAGAGCCUCGGACACUCGUUCACGCUGUUCAUCGAGAAGUGUUUCUUGUGCACGGGAGUGGACGGCUACAUUCCCCGCUACGACCCGGAGAACGGGGACUACGGCUGCAUCGCGGACUCUGAGAAUCUUCGUUACGUCAUCAAGAUCAUCGACAAGGAAGCUCCGAACACCAUAGCCCCUCACCUUCAUGAGGCGCAUUUCAACGCCACGCUGGUGUCCGACAGCGUGGACGACGACCUCGUGCAGAUCAAAAGCGAUCCGGGAGCCGACGGGUUCUAUUUCUUGUCUGAUCCCUUGUUCAAAGUCGCCUCCGGUACGCUAUGGUUCAUCCACUGCAUCUACACUCUCCGAGGCAAGGAAGGCGGCAACAGGCGCUUUGGCAAGCGACACGUCAGCUCCUCGGACACCCUGGACCAUGUCAUCUCCAAGCGUUCCAUGCUCGCCGACGCCGAGAGCAUCGGCAAGAACGGUCGCGGAACCAACAUGCACCAGAUCGUGCUUUCCAGUGCCCUAAAACAGACGGGAACCUACGAGAUGGGUUCCAACGCAGAGUCCCCGGCGACGUGGCCUGUUCUCCUGGUCGUCCCUCUGGUCCUGGUCGGCGCACUCGUCACGGGAACGAUCGCAGCUUAUGUCAUCUGUCGGAGACGAAGGAGCUCGGCCAGUCUGUCGUCGGCAACGUCUGGCAACCGGGUGGUGACCGUGUGUUGCGCAGGCGGGAAGAGCCACGUCCACGCGUCCGGCUACAUGCCCAACACAGAGUUCGCUGGCACAGAGGUGUGAACUAGAAUCACCACGGAAGCUACGCUUCACAGUAACGGCACUUCACCCAUUUGGAUUUGGAUUUGGAUUUAAUGACGACCCUUUGAAACGGGGGGACGCUCGCCGGAAGUUCCGGUGAGGGCCUACCGAAAGCUAACUCGGCUGGGUCCGCCAUGUGCCCAGCAAAGACUAUACCCCGUUUCACCUUAUGCU